AUGUCGCUCAUGCUCUCCGAUAACUUGGCUCCUCAGCCUUUGACCGAUGUCUUCACCGACGACACAUGCAUUGACCGUCGCAAGUGCCACCGGACCGUGCCUAUGAAGGUGCUGGCUCUCGGUGUUGGCCGUACUGGUACUGCCUCUCUCCGCAAGGCCUUGGAGCGCCUUGGAUACACCAAGUGUUACCACAUGAUGUGCGCCAGUGUUGAGAACCCACCCGACUGCUUGAUGUGGCACGAUGCCCUGAACGCCAAAUACAACGGUGUCGGUGAAUUCGGCCGCAAGGAAUGGGACCAGCUGUUGGGCGACUGCCAGGCCGUCUGUGACUGGCCCGCCUGCGCCUUCGCAAAGGAGUUGAUCGAAGCCUAUCCCAACGCCAAGGUCAUCCUGACCACCCGUGAUGUCGACCCGUGGCACGCCUCGGUCAUGAAGACCGUCCACUGGCGCGUCAGCGACCCGGAGCACAAGUUUGUCUCGCACUUCAGCUGGGCCGCGAGCAUGUACUACCCCAUGCUUAACAAAUUCUUCGAGACCUUCUUCCGUGGAGACUUCCCCGGCAAGGGCAAGCAGGUCUACAAUGAGCACGUUGCCGAGGUCCGCAGCCUGGUGCCCGCGGACCGUCUGUUGGAGUACAACAUCAACGAUGGCUGGGCUCCGCUCUGCGAGUUCCUUGAGGAGGAGGUCCCCGAUACUCCUUUCCCCCGUGGUAACGACAUGGCCGACUUCUACAAGCGCUGCAGCACUCGUAACCGUCACCAGAUGAUGAACGCUGCCCUCCAGGCUGUUACCAUGGGUGGUACCCUCCUGGCUACUGGUUUCGCUGCUACCAUGCUCUUCAAGCGCUUCUCCCGGUAA